AUGAGAUAUCGAUCUGAUCCAGCUCUACCUCCUAUAUUGUGUAAUUCAAGACGUGAUGAAGUGACGAUUUUUCAAAUAGAUAAUAAUGGUGGUACUUGGAUUGUAUUUAAAGGUUUUCUUGAAGCAGGCGAUUCUUUCACCUUUAAAUCUCAACGCUCAAUGGACGAUCGUUUUCAUCUAAAACUUGAAAUUAAUGGUUCCCUUGAUACAACGAUUUCAGCAUGUUGUGAACACUUAUAUCGUCAUGGAGGUCGAAUCGAUGAUGGUCAUAGUUCAUUUUGGAUAGAAACUAUUGAAGAAUAUAAAUCAUGCACAAAGUAG